AUGGAUAAAUCAAUAUUGAAAUUAUAUAAAUAGGUUCUCAGAGCUGGAAAUCAAUUCAAAGAUUACAAUUUCAGAGAAUAUGUUAUUAGAAGGGCUAAAUAAGAUUUUAGAGAAUUAAAGAAUAAUCCUGAUCUUAACAAUAAGGUCAUUCAAAAAUACACUACAGAAUUAGAAGUUAUUAAGAGAUAAACAAUUGUUUAGAAUCUAUACUAUUAGACAAAUAAUAUUAUUGAGUAGAAAUAAUGCAAUAUAUGA